AUGUAUAAGUGGUCGUGGUGAUGGUGGUUGCUCGCAGACAGCAACAUGCAAUAUUGGACUGCGUUCGAGACCACGAAAGACUUAAAUGCGGAACGAGUUCUUUCAGUUGUUUACAAAUUUCCGUUAAGGGUGGUCCACACUGCGUCGCGGUUGCCUUUUGUUGCCGGUUGUGGUUGAUUGUAUACAUACAUACUAUGCUCAAAUCCAGUUCUCAUUUUAUUAUGCUACAAACACAAACUCUCUGCGAGUGCAUCAACUGGAAAUCCACAAUCAGCAGCCAGAGCCAAACGCAACAUCUAAAACGGAUUCGUAUUCGUGGACUCAAACGGGCUUGAAUCCAACCAAAAAAGAGAAAAAACCAAAAAAAAAAAAAGAAGAACAAAAAAAAAACACUUUUUUUUUUUUUUUUUGUUUGGUACUCCCCACACGAAACGCUGAAACGCUGGAAACGCUGGAAACGCUGAAACGCGAAGGGAAAAAGGAAAAUCACAAUAAUAAUAAUGAAUUGCUCUAAAAAUACGCACUUUCUGUUGUUGUGGCUGUGGCGUGCAAUAUGUGUUUUGCUUUUAGCACCACCACAAUGGACUCACUGUGUUGCAGUUGCAGUUGGCGCAGUUGGCGCAGUUGGAGCCUCUGCUGGAGCUGGAGCUGGAGCUCCGCCUGGACUCCAAGGUGUGCCCACCUGGAUUUGUCUGGGUUUGAAGUCACCGUUCAUUGAGUUUGCCAAGCAGGAGGAGCAGCUGGCCAACACCAGCAUACCAUUGAACAUCACCAAGGACGAGACGGUGAGCAUGCACCAGGAGGGACUCCGCAAACUGGGCACCUUCAUCAAGCCCGUGGAUCUGCGCGACUCGGAGACUGGCUUCGUCAAGGCCGAUCUGACCAAGCGGCCGAAUAUCACGUCGCGACCCAUCCACCCCAUCCAGGAGGAGAUGGACCAGAAGCAGAUCAUCCUGCUGGACGAGGACACCGACGAGAAUGGCCUGCCGGCCAGCCUCACCGACGAGGAUCGCAAGUUCAUCGUGCCCAUGGCGCUGAAGAACUCCUCGCCGGAUCCCCGCUGGGUGGUCACCGCCCCCACGCCGUCCUCGCUGCCCCUGAAGUCCACCAGAAGCUUUGUGCCCGCCCCCAUGGCCCAACUGGAGGCGGCCGAUCCCACCUCCAACAUCGAUGACCUCAAGAAGCACAUACUCUUCCUGCACAACAUGACGCAGACCAACUCCAAUUUCGAGUCCAAGUUUGUCAAGUUUCCCAGCCUGCAGAAGGACAAGGACAAGUCCACAUCCGGCGGCUCACCCACCAAUGCGAAGCGUCCCCAAAGGCCCGUCCAUCAGUAUUCCGCACCCAUAGCAGCGCCCACACGGAAGGUGCCCAAGGCGGACAAUCCCGGCCAGCCCAGUGGUGGCUACUACCAGAACGAGGAGACUGGCAGCAAUCAGUCCCAGCUGAAGCCCACGGAAACGUCUGUUUCACUCGCCGGCAACCGGUUGAAGGAGGAGCCCCAGGUGCUGCUGCUCAACGAAACGCUGUCCACUGGGACGACGACAACUAUGGCAUCGGUGGAGCCAGCACUAUCAGCACAGACCACCAUGAAUCCGGCCAAGGGGCAGGGACAGGGACAGGGACAGGGACAGGGAGCAGGGCAGCGCACCACCAAACGUCCGCCCUGCCUGAGGAAUCCCGAGUCGCCCAAGUGCAUACGGCAGCGACGGCGGGAGGAGCAGCAGCGGCAGCGGGAGCGGGACGAGUGGUUCCGCGGCCAGUCCGAGUACAUACAGCCACCAUUCCAGCCCUUCAUCCAGACCAUCAACAAUACGCGCCGCUUUGCCGUGUCCAUCGAGAUACCCGACUCCUUCAAAGUCCACUCCUCGGAGGGAUCCGAUGGCAUGCUGCUUUCGCGCGUGGAACGCUCACAGCCCAUGAGCAGUAGCAGUAGCGGUAGCAUUAGUGGUAGCAGUAGCGGUAGCAGUAGCAGUAGCAGCAGCAGCAGCAGCAGUAGUAGCAUCAGUAGUAGUAGAAAAAUCAAGUCAGACUAUAUUAAGGUAUCGAUGGACAAUCCGUCCGUUACGGAUUACUUCAAGCACGAUGUGGUGAUGACCUCGGCCGAUUUGGCCCCCGCCAACGAGCACCAGAAUGUCACAACGAAUGCGAAUGCGAAUGCGUACUUCGAAAGGAUCGAUCUGAAUCCCAGCAACUGUUAUGCCGCCCAUGGCCUGAGCACCAGCCAGAGGAAGCAAUGUGUGAAGCACACCAGCGUGAUGCCGGCCAUCAGCCGCGGGGCACGGGCGGCCAUCCAGGAGUGCCAGUUCCAGUUCAAGAACCGCCGCUGGAACUGCAGCACCACCAACGACGAGACGGUGUUCGGCCCGAUGACCAGCCUGGCUGCCCCCGAGAUGGCCUUCAUCUAUGCGCUGGCCGCGGCCACGGCGACCAGCUUUAUAGCCCGUGCCUGCAGGGAUGGCCAGUUGGCCUCCUGCUCGUGCUCGCGCGGACCGCGACCCAAGCAGCUGCACGACGACUGGAACUGGGGCGGCUGUGGCGACAAUCUGGAGUUUGCCUACAAGUUUGCCACGGACUUCAUCGAUUCGCGGGAGAAGGAGACCAAUCGGGAGACGCGGGGCGUGAAGAGAAAACGGGCACGCGAUGGCCUCAAGAAGAACAAGAACCGUCGUCAGUCGGACGAUCUGGACGGCGGCGUACUCUAUCGCAGCUCGUCGACGGCCAAGGCCAGGAGCCUCAUGAAUUUGCACAACAACGAGGCCGGUCGUCGGGCGGUGAUCAAGAAGACCAGGAUCACGUGCAAGUGCCACGGCGUGUCGGGGUCGUGCAGCCUCAUCACAUGCUGGCAGCAGUUGUCGUCCAUACGGGAGAUCGGUGACUAUCUGAGGGAGAAGUACGAGGAGGCUACGCAGGUGAAGAUCAACAAACGUGGACGGCUCCAGCUGAAGGACCUGCAGUUCCGGGUGCCCACCGCCCACGACCUCAUCUACUUGGACGAGAGCCCCGACUGGUGCCGCUCCAGCCACAUGCUCCACUGGCCGGGAACCCACGGACGCCUCUGCCAGAAGAACUCGUCGGGACUGGAGAGCUGCGCCAUACUCUGCUGCGGACGGGGCUAUAAUACGAAAAACAUUAUUGUUAAGGAACGCUGCAGCUGCAAAUUUCACUGGUGCUGCCAGGUCAAGUGCCAAGUCUGUACAAAGGUACUCGAGGAGCACACAUGUAAAUAGAGCAUAGAGCAUCUAAAAACAAAAAGCGUUAAAACUGAAAUUUCUUAAUGUUUGUGACUAAGCCAUAAAAACAAAAAAAAGCGAA